UCUUGCACGUUUAAAUCGCUGAAGACGCGCAAGCUGUGCGGACGUCUCCGUCUGUGCUCCGCACACGAUUCGUACCAACGAUCCAUCCAUCCAUUUUGGGUUCCGAAUUUUAGUGCAUGUGUGAUCAGCAUUUAAAACAGAAACCCGCAAAACAAACGAUCAACAUCCAACCGACAGCUAAAAGAGCGAGAGAGCACGCGAGUGAGUGUGUGUGUGUCCUGUGCAGUGUGGCUGCGUUUGUUUGCACACGAACGGGAUAGCGCACGCAAGUGGGUGCAAGCGAAAUGCAGACAUUCUUCACGCGCAAGUGAGCAAAACAGCACAACCACAUACGACAAAAGGCUGUGCGCGUAACCGAGAAAGCAACAGAGCUCCAUCAACGGACCGUACGAGACGGGCGAUAAAGCGGUCGACUGCAGUGUGAGCGAGAGGGAAGGACAACGAAAAACAUGCGUGCCUGUGUGUGUACACGCCGACCGACGUACAAAGGAGGAUAUCGAAACCAUUUGCUCAGCGCGCAAGGAGUGGUGUGGCAGCGUAUCCGUACCGUGUCCGACGAUUGAGUGCAUUUUCACCGUGCGUAGACGCGAGUUGCAGUGCAGUGACAAUUGACAAUUCGAAGAAGAUCUUUGAUCUCGCAAUCAAUAACCACUGGGUUUGAGGACAAACUUAAGGAAAAAGCUAGUUUACGAUGGAAGGACCCUCGGUAGCGGCUGCAGAAGACGAUUCGACGGCAGAUGCCAGCGGAGGUGGUGGUGGUGGUGGUGGUGGAGGUGGAGGCAAUGGCCGAACAGAAGAGACACGCCGGUGCAAUGCGCACCGGGCAGCGCGACCACCGAACUCAAUGAUUGAACCGAGUGGCGGAGGUGGUGCCGGCAAGGGAAGAGGUGGAGGGGGCGGAGGAGGAGGAGGUGGCGGUGGAGGUAACCAUAAUCGGAAAAACAAUCCUCAACAGCAGCGCCAUCUCCAGCAGCAGCAGCAACAGUUGCAGCAGCAGCAGCAUGGUGGAGGCAAGAAACAGAAAAAGCAACAGAAAUGGAAAGCGAACAAGUACCGUGGCCGUGGGCCGGGUGGCAAGGACUGUCCAGCAAGAGGUGGAAGAAAGGACAAAUCGGCUGUUGGAUCACAAGCGAUCGGAAAGAUGGAGGAGGGCAACGCAGCGAACGGUAUCGGGGGAGAGGAUUUGGGUGCGGCGGGGCUCAACGUGGGAGAAACGCAUCCCGCGGAACCGGGCUGCUUCCAUCAGGUGCACCAGCAGGGACUGGCCCAUUCCUCCCAGCUCGCUUCAUCCUCAUCAUCCGGCAGCGCACAACAACAACAACAGCAGCAACAGCAGCAGCAACAACAACAAUCGACCGGAUCGCAGACAUCAUCGGGCGCAACGGGCCAGCAACAGGGGGGCGCCGGGUCAAACAUGAUGAUGUCGUCCGCCAUGCCCCCGCAAAAGAACAAACACCCGAAGCAGCAGAACCUCACGCCGAUGGAGGUGCGCAACAAGCGGCUCCAGUCGGUGUCGAAGUUCUUCCUGCCGGACAAGCGGCCGCGCAAGGAGUGUAUCGUGCCGCCGACCAAGUUCCUGCUCGGCGGCAACAUUUCCGACCCGCUCAACCUGAACAGCCUGCAGAACGAGUCGGAGAACGCGGUCACGCCGAAGUCGUCGCCGAUACCGACGCCGCCCCACUACAAGGCAAAGAUCGAGGUGAUCAUACCGCCGAACAUCAACGAUCCGCUGCAUCUGCUCGAUCCGGUCGACUCGGUCGAGUACGAGAUGCAGCUCUGCUCGCCGAUGAAGCGCAAGCAGCGGCCGCGCAACAAGCGCAAGCGCAAAUCGCGCACCACCACCGAGCGGAACGACGGGUUGCUGUCGAUCGAGCAGCUGCCGCCGCCGCCGCUCGGUGGCGAGGAGCUGGUGGGCACCAGCAGUGGAGCAGCCAGUGGUGGUGGUGCGGGAGGAGGAGUUGCUGCCGAUGCAGAAGAGGCAACGACGGCGGAGGAAGCAUCCUUUACCGGGAUCGGGCAGAAACUGGCCGAUGCAGCAGCGGGGGAGCAGCGUUUCUCGCUCCCAGUGCCGGAUGCGGAUACGGGCAGCGCCCACUUUCACCUGGCACACUUUGGCGGGCAACCGUCAACCAGUGGAGCAGGCACGGUGGCGGCGUCGUCGUCGUCCGUACAGCAAGGACACGUGCACCACGUGUCCGGUGCAGCUGUCAUGGAACGGCCCGGCUCCUCCGCCGGCGGUCUGCUGACCGAGCAGGAGCGCGAACGGGACAGGGUGAUGCGCAACCUGAAGCUCGAUCUCGAAAGUGCCGGCGGCCGGAAGCGCCGCACGAGCGAGAGUACAAACAGCACCAAGAACAAGCUGCGCCGGAUGGACUCGAUGGACAAGAUCGUCAGUCCGGUCAUCCCGCAGCCGGGCGGCUGGAAGCGUGCCCACUGGCCGGCCAAUGCGGGUGGGAGUGGGGCGGCCGGCAGUGCUGGGCGGAAUCGCACCCGAACCUUUUCCACCACGUCUGUCACGGACGAACAGCAUGGGGAGGAUGGGACGAUUGCGACCGGCGCAGACCGGAGUACGGAAGGGCAGGCACAAGAGAAGGCGCACAAAACCGAACGAACGGACGGGUUGGAGGAUCAUACGAAGCAAGCGGGUGAUGAGGGUGGUGCCGUUAAGGAGGAAGGACGAUCGAAUGAAGCGAAUGUGGUGGGUACGUCCGCCGGAAAGAUGGGUAGUGGCAUCGGGUCGAUUGAACGACCGUUAAGCUUGACGCAAGGGACGUCCCAGGGCACAGUUCCACCGUCACAGAGCUCACUGGCUGCCACUAGCCGGUAUCACUUCGGGAACUACGAUCGUUACUACGGCUACCACAGCCUGAACGAGUUCAUCGACGUGCGGCUAAAGGUGUUCAUGCGCAAUGCGUACCUCUUCCGGGACAAGGACGUGCUGGACAUUGGGUGCAACGUGGGCCUGAUGACGAUCGCGAUCGCCAAAUCGCUGCACACCAAGUCGGCCAUCGGCAUCGACGUGGACGGCAAGCUGAUAGCGAAGGCGCGCAAAAACCUGGCCAAGUACGUGCGGGUGCCACGCACGGUUGUGCCCGGGGCGGGCAGACGGGGCCACCGGGAAUCGUCGACGGUCGUUUCGGCCACCGUCACCAAGAUGGAGGUAAGCGAGGAGUUGGCUGCCAGUAAGGAGACGCUCCCGUUGCAGAGCGAUCCGGCUCCAACUGCUGUAAGUGCACCACAGCCAUCGACUAGUCAAGAAGGCGGAGGAGCCACGGAACCAUCCGCUGCUACUCCUGUCGCUGUUCCGACACCACCAGCGAGCGUUGCCGAGACGGAAGAUAACGUUUCAGUGGCACCGGUAGAAGAAACUGUCACGCAAACGGUCACCCCAGCAGCGGCAAGCAAUGAAGAUGCUGAAAAAGCACCAUCUGAACCACCAGCGAAUGCCGUGCCAGCCGAAACCAGCAAUCGUGUUGUGGCACGACAUAAACGACGCCGAAAACGGUUCGGCCAGAAGGGGGGACGCCAUGGGCAGCAUCACAACAGUCAGCACCACCAGCAGCAUCAGCAGCACCAUCUGCGACGGAACAAGCCGGAACAGUCGCAGUACUUCCCGAUCUCGUUCCCCGUCACGAUGGGCAACUUCAGUGGGAAGGAGCACCAGAUGGAUAUUGGUCGGCCGGAAAACAAGUUCCCGAAUAAUGUGAGGUUUAAAACGAUGAAUUACGUCCUCAAGGAUGAACAAAUGAUCAACUUCGACACGCAACAGUACGAUCUGAUCCUGUGCCUUUCGGUGACCAAGUGGAUCCAUCUGAACUACGGCGAUGUCGGGCUGAAGACGGCGUUCAAGCGCAUGUUCAACCAUCUGCGGCCGGGCGGGAAACUGAUCCUGGAGGCACAGAACUGGGCGAGCUAUAAGAAGAAGAAGAAGCUUACGGAAACCAUUUUUGAAAAUUAUCAGAAAAUUGAAUUCUUCCCGAAAUACUUUCACGACUACCUGCUCAGCCCGGAGGUGGGCUUCAGUCACAGCUUUCCGCUUGGCAUACCGCGCCAUCUGAGUAAGGGAUUCCGGCGACCUAUCCAGCUUUAUAUUAAGGGCGAUUUUACACCGUCGCAGGCGAAAUGGAGCGACACGUACCACCCAGGCACACCGUACGAGAACCAUCGCGGUAUCUACACGGACAUUGUCACCGCGUCGCAGUCGGCCGCCGGCUGCAUCUGGGGUGCGAUGACACCGUACGCACCGAGCUACAGCUACCGGCAGCCGCCGACCCCCUCGCACGGCGGCGGCAGUGGCGGUGGAAGUGGCGGCUUUGCCUCAACCUCACCGUACUACAACCCGCGGCAGACGGACAGCUACCUGCCGAGCUACGACAUCGCCAAUACGCACCGGCCCGGUAGCUACUGUUUUGCGUCGCCCAUCUAUUCGACCACGUGGUCGCCACCGUCGGACAUGCUGGCGACGAGCGGGGGCGGCGGUGGAUCGUACCGGCGGUCGGCCUCGAACACACCCAACUCGGCCAGCAUCCGAAGCGUGGACAACGAUGACCACUACUACGUGAGUACGGCCAGUGGUGGCAGUAGCCAGCGGCGGCACCACGUUUACCCGCCGAUCGAAGUGUUUGCGCCACUGCACGGCUACGAUGCGAUGCGUCCGAGCAGCUAUCGGAGUGGAAACGGCGGCGGCGGUGGUGGUGGUGGUGGUGGGGCAAUAACCGAUUCCGAUUCGGAACUGUCGUCCCACUCGGCGUCCCAGACACCGACCCGGCAGCAGCAGUUGGCCGGCAGCUUCCUGACGGACGACCAAUCCAACUCACCCAGCGGACACUCCCAGCCAGACAAGUAGACCAAGCGUGGUGGUGGUGAAGGUGAUAGAAACCAUAGGACACAGAAGCAACUUUCUGGGCACUCUCUCAAAUAGGUUAUGUUUGAAGGCUUUGGACGCACAAAAACGACGACAAAACUAGCCAAAACCGCGGUGCCACUACUGAGCAAAAGUGUAAGAUAUAGACAGAUAGGAGGAGGAGCAAGCAGCAGGCGGAACUGCUGCUUGCUGCCGCUCAGUAUAUCCCACACCGUGUGAUAUAGAUUUCACAUUUUCAAAAAAGUUGAUAAUCUUCAGGAAGAGAAACCAAAAAAAAACAAACAAACAAACACACAAAUCGCGAUUAGUACACGCGACACUAGCAAUGUGCACCGCAGGAGAAGAGUGUGCGCACAGGAUGUGUAGUAGCUACGACGAGGGUAUUUUCCCCAUUUUCUCAUGCACACACUCGCUCUCUCUCUCUCUAUCUCUAAUGCUACAGCUCAUAUAACAUAUGUGUAGAAACAGCACAAAGUUGAAGACACACGCAUCACAGGACAGGACAGGACAGGCAAUAGGCGCUAACCGCUGUUAUAGUUUGCUUAUGUUAUCCUCAUUCCUCGGCGCUUAGCUUACCAGAUAAUUACACCCCCGGCGUGUUGCGGCGUUUGUUGUUGCCGGGUUUCUCACAACCCCCUCGAGCUCUCCAGUACAGUGAGUAGGAUCGAGAUGGAGUUUCGUUAAGACAGUUAUUAUUUUUUAAUGAUCCCAAUUACAUCUGUUUAGUUGCGUUAUUUUGUAAACGUUGUCAGAGGGGGAUUAAGCUUCUAUUUCUUUGGACGCGCGCGCCAUACGCAUCAUUAUUAUGCGUAGCUUAGCCCCCUUCCCACACAAACACAAGUAGACGGAGUAGCGAUAUAGGGCAUGUAGGGUGAAAUCCAAAAUGCGUACGUCAGUUGGCAAUUGUAAAUUGUACGACUGUACAAAGUUUGCUUACAAAAUUAUCACCUCCACGUUUUGGGGGGGAGUUGAGUGAGUGUGAGGGUAUUGGAAAACAAUGUACAUUUGAAUGAAAGAAAAUACGGUGCAUUGUUUGCGUAGAGGAGCAUAGAGUAGAGGUUAAUAUCCGAACGUUUUUUUUCCCGGUAUGGAUGAAACAUGUUUAAAUUAUUUGAAUUGUACACAAUAUAAUACUACUUGAAUUUGCCUUUCGUUCAACGUU